AUGAACCCAACUAUUAUUAAACAAUUGGCUAGAACUUCUAUCAGAUUGCAACACACAGUUCCACAUUCAACGGGUGUUUCUGCUCGUCAAUGGUUUGGUGUUUUUGGUGGUGUUGCUGGCGGUUUGGCAGGUGGUGCUUUAUUAUUGUCUUGGUGUUACUCUGACAAUACAAUUGACAGAAUUUUCAAGAAUCAAAGAUAUGCUUUAGGCUCUAAACCACACAACUAG